AAAAAAGAUGUGCAAAAAUGUGCUUGUUUGGCUUAUAAGACCGAUCAGAACGACAAAUCAAACAAAGAAAAAAAAAAUGGUUCUUCUGACAAUAAUUAAAAAAGUAAAACAAAAAGAAAAAGAAAUACGAAUUUUAUUUUUAGGUUUAGAUAAUGCAGGAAAAACGACCGUUUUAAAACGAUUAAAAAAUGAAGAUGUAAAAUCGGUUUCACCGACACUGGGCUUUACAAUCAAUUCUUUGAUUUAUAAAGAUUAUAAUCUAAAUAUUUGGGAUGUUGGUGGACAAAAAAGUUUAAGAGCAUAUUGGAAAAAUUAUUAUGAAGAUACGGAUGGAUUGAUUUUUGUAAUCGAUAGCUGUGAUAAAUUACGUUUAUCGGAUUGUAAAAAACAAUUACAAGAGAUAAUUAUUGAAGAACGUCUUUUAGGUGCUACGCUAUUAAUAUUGGCCAACAAACAAGAUAUACAGAAUGCAUUAUCAUUAAAAGAAAUUGAAGAUUAUCUUGAAUUGGAUAAAAUUAAAUCUCAUCAUUGGAAAAUAUUUCCAUGUAGUGCUAUAGCCGGUACAAAUAUUUUCGAAUCAAUGGAUUGGCUUAUCGAUGAUAUAAGCAAUAGAAUUUUUAUAGAUUUUUAAAAAUAAAAAAUCAAUUUUUUUCAUUUUUAAAAAAA